UGCUUCUGCUGUUACAGUCAACCUGAACUGAUGUGAUGUCGUGCCCGGGUCCCUGGAUCCAAACCUAGUGUACGUGUAGGAUAGAUAGCGUUGCGACCCGAAGCGCCUCGGGACCAACUGUAUCGACAUUCCUCCACUAAACAUCCCAAUUACCAGACCUCAGAGCCACUUGGCUGUUCCUCAUCAUGCCCGUCAAGUUUGCCAUCAGCUCUGGCGCUCUGUCACUGGCGCUACUGCUCUUUGGUCAUGGCCACCUCGCCAAGGCAACAACUGACAUUUCUUAUAUUUACUUUGACAAUACACAAUAUCUUGCCGCCGCGUACAAUGUCGUCCAGAUGUCGUGGUCCACAUUACAAGCCGCCUUUGCAAGCCCCAACCGCUCGGACAUUGCCAGUUUCACCGGUCUGGACUGGACAAAGCCGUACCCCGGGAGUCCCCUAUCAGGCUUCACUGCCCAUUUGCGGAUAGCGGACGAGGUGCGUUUCCCGCCCGCUGUGACGGACGAGAAUGUCACAACCAACGUGGCAGCUCUCAAUUUCGGCAUUCCACCUUCCAUGAGGAAGGAAAAUGGCCUCCCCAAGAGCAUGCAUUCCUCGUGGUAUGUCUGUCAACACUAUUACAUCAGCACGCUGCCUGACCCAACAUCGGAUAUUGCGCACGACUGUUCCUUUCUGCCCAGCCAAUGUCAGAAAGACUUGAAAGCCAGCUUGACUCAGAACUGGGGAGCAUUCAAGAGCGAUCCCGAGAGCGGUACCAUGUGCAGCGGAUGGGCCCUUGACACCAUCACGGAAAGCUGCCAAACCACGCUGGGAAGGGUUACAGCAGAUGUUCUGGGUUGCGAGGCGUCCGAUCUCGACGAUGAUGAUGCAGCCAGAAGUUUCGCGGUGGAUGAAGUCGGACGUUUAUCGUGGAUGGUUGGCACCAAUUUCAACGACCCAAACAACCAGACAUCGUAUUAUGCUGCAUCCAACAGAACCUACAUUGUUGCUACUGUGUUUGGGUACAAUUCUGGGUAUGCUGGUUCGGUCCAGCCAGUGGUAGAGCUUGCUUGUCUUCGACCCCAGUGGGGGACGACCCAGGCCACUUCUUCUUCUUCUUCUUCUUCUUCUUCUUCUUCUUCUUCUUCUUCUUCUUCUUCUUCUUCUUCUUCUUCUUCUUCUUCUUCUUCUUUUACCUCGACACCGUCGGACCCAUCUUCAAUGACCUCAACGACCUCUUCCUCCUCCGCCAUCUCUGGGUCUAGUACGGCUGCGUCUUCAGCUGCUCGGACAUCAUCGUCGUCACUGAUCACUGACUUCAAGCAAAAUAACUACUUCCACUGCAUUGCCCUCCUCCACUAUGCACUGCACAGCUGUGAUUACGACCACUGCCUCGAUUCUGCCUGUAUUUGCACCCGUUCCGCGGCGGUAGCAGUUGCGGCACCAACCCAACUGGAGACAACCAGAGCCCUACCAACUCGGACUAUGCAUAUUAUGUUGAUAUGUCUUUGCGAGACCUCUGCGGACAAACGCUAUGCUAGGGCACGCAAUGCCCGGCUUAUCAUGAGCAACGAGGUCCCGGAUAUGGCGACGGAUGAUGUCAAGCCCUACUGUUUCUGGCACCCCGACACUGCCAGAGAAGAGACAUACCGACGUUUGGCAAAGCGCUAUCCCGACAUGGCAUAUACCGUUGGUCGGGCAUGCGCUGUGGCGGGAUAUGACGGAUUGUAUCAUGAACUUGACAUCCUUCCCGAUGUCUCUAUCGCUGAAGAGGCUAGAGAUAACUCGGCGGCAAAAGCGGGAUCCAAGGCCAUCUUUGAGCACAUCAUGAAACAACCAGUUUGCUACGCCGUUUUGGACGAUUACACCAGGUCUGUCCACCACAAAAACCCACGGUCACCGGCCUUUAUGAACGGAGAUACCGCCGUCCGAUCAACACUGAAUGGGACAGUCGCCCCGGAGGACAUGGAUGAUGAUAGCGGGCUUGUCCCGGAUGUCGGCUCUUUCGACAUCGACGAGGACGGCCACGUUGCCGAGGCCUCGACACACGCAUCGUCCUUCCCGUCACAAGGAACGCUGCCUGCAGAACACGUCGGACUGCUUUAUACGCCUCUGCCCUUGCAUCUGCCCACCAUCAUCAAAGAUCCGUUGAUCGUUAUGGCGGCUUAUGAAGGGAACCUGGACCGCUAUCUUCGCUUGCGUCGGCCCCAUAUGGUCGAGCAAGAGCAUGGAGCCGUCCUUCGCGGCAUAUACCACAACACUACCUUCGCCAAGUGGUGGUCGCUUCAGGCACGGGAGGAGUGGGAUUUUGAUAUCCGAGCGGCCACUCUCGCACGCUUCAUCAUGGUCAAUGACUUGUCGCACAUCACCGAAACAGAUCCACAUCCAGAAAAGGAGUUUCACGAGAUACCUGGAAUGAUAUGGUGGCCCCUUAUUCCUGCCGAGGAAACGCUGGCAGUCCUCGCCAAACGUCGUCCGGAUAUGCACCUUCAAGUAGCCAUGGCCUGCAUUGCCGGCAACUACAAGGAGUUGUGGGACAAGUUGGCACCCAAGCCGUCCAGACAGCUGUAUGAACAGGCUUCGCUAUGCCACGAUGCUAGCGUUCGCAACCACUUUGUCGACUAUCUCGAGCGUCGUGCUUCUGAGCUUGGAUUGGACGUCAAGGCCCUUAAGGAGGUGUACGGACUUCCUGCUCACGACUGGUGCUGGAAUGCGGCGAGACUCGACAAGGAGCCCACUAGCUGCUGGUUGCCCAGUGAGAUUAGCAUACCGGGGCAAAGCGGCCAUACUGACACGGACAAUGUCUACGGAACUCCCGACCAGACCAAUUUGGCUGAGUGGGAUUCCAACUGGGAACUCCAUAUAUGUUCAUCAGAGGAGCUGAGGGCCAAAAUACCGGCUUCGGAGUCUGGCAUUUGGCUGUACAGUAAAAACCCCCAUUCCGACUGGGCAAAAAUGUUUCCAAACGAGUAACACCCCCUGUAAUUGCAGCAAUAUCACGGACCCCUUUUAGGAGAAUAGUGAAUACCAAUAUGAUCAUAUACCUACUUUUCAAGUUUUGGGCUUCUUUUGUGCUUGUAGUCUUCAAUUACAGGGAAGUGUCGUAGUCAG